AUGAAUUCAGUUCUGCGGUUGCCUCCACCUAGCCCUCCCGAGAGCCGGCCCCUCCCUCGCCUGUCGCAGUCACCCGGGAUACGGAUUGCGCCUGCCAGUCAACCCGAAGCUGGUUUCAUGGCAGCACCGAAGAAAGCUGUUUUGGGCCCUUUGGUGGGAGCAGUGGACCAAGGCACCAGCUCUACGCGAUUUUUGGUUUUCAAUUCAAAAACAGCCGAACUGCUUAGUCAUCAUCAAGUAGAAAUAAAACAAGAGUUCCCCAAGGAAGGAUGGGUAGAACAAGAUCCUAAGGAAAUUCUUCAGUCUGUCUACGAAUGUAUAGAAAAAACGUGCGAGAAACUCAGACAGCUCAAUAUUGACGUUUCCAACAUAAAAGCAAUCGGUGUCAGUAACCAGAGGGAAACGACCUUAGUCUGGGACCAAGUGACUGGAGAACCACUCUACAAUGCUGUGGUGUGGCUUGAUCUAAGAACGCAGUCUACAGUUGAAAGUCUCAGUAAAAGAAUUCCAGGAAAUAAUAACUUUGUCAAGUCCAAGACUGGCCUUCCACUUAGCACUUACUUCAGUGCUGUGAAACUUCGCUGGCUUCUAGACAAUGUGGAAACUGUUCAGAAGGCUGUACAGGAAGAUAGAGCACUAUUUGGGACUGUCGACUCCUGGCUUAUUUGGUGUUUGACAGGAGGAGUGAAUGGAGGUGUCCACUGCACGGAUGUAACAAAUGCAAGUAGGACGAUGCUUUUCAACAUUCACUCUUUGGAAUGGGAUAAAGAGCUUUGCGAGUUUUUUGGAGUUCCACAGAAAAUUCUCCCAAAUGUCCGGAGUUCUUCUGAGAUUUAUGGCCUAAUGAGAGCUGGAGCCUUGGAAGGUGUGCCGAUAUCUGGGUGUUUGGGGGACCAGUCUGCUGCAUUGGUGGGACAGAUGUGUUUCCACGAUGGACAAGCCAAAAACACAUAUGGAACUGGCUGUUUCUUACUAUGUAAUACAGGCCGCAAGUGUGUAUUUUCUGAACAUGGCCUACUAACCACAGUUGCUUACAAACUUGGUAGAGACAAACCAGUAUAUUAUGCGUUGGAGGGGUCUGUCGCCAUAGCUGGUGCUGUUGUUCGCUGGUUAAGAGACAACCUUGGGAUUAUAAAUACCUCAGAUGAAAUUGAAAAACUUGCUAAAGAAGUAGGUACUUCUUAUGGCUGCUACUUUGUGCCAGCAUUUUCAGGGUUAUAUGCACCUUAUUGGGAGCCCAGUGCAAGAGGGAUCAUCUGUGGGCUCACUCAAUUUACCAAUAAGUGCCACAUUUCUUUCGCUGCAUUAGAAGCUGUUUGUUUCCAAACCCGAGAGAUUUUGGAUGCCAUGAACCGCGACUGUGGAAUUCCACUCAGUCAUCUGCAGGUAGAUGGAGGAAUGACCAACAAUAAAAUUCUUAUGCAACUACAAGCAGACAUUCUAUAUAUUCCAGUAGUGAAGCCCUCCAUGUCUGAAACGACUGCCCUGGGAGCUGCCAUGGCGGCGGGUGCUGCCGAAGGGGUCGGUGUGUGGAGCCUUGACCCUGAGGAUUUGUCAGCAGUUACGGUGGAACGUUUUGAACCCCAGAUCAAUGCUGAGGAAAGUGAAAUCCGUUAUUCUACGUGGAAGAAAGCUGUGAUGAAAUCAAUGGGUUGGUGUACAACUCAGACUCCAGCAACUGGUACCCGGUUAAUAGUACCAGUUCAUCGAUUACAAAGAUUGGAGCUUUUUAUGUAAUCGGAGAAUCAGCAAUUCUAUUUCUGUAUGUGAGAACACUAUACAUAGACUCUGAUUUU